UAAAACUGAUUAGGUCCACAAGCUCCACCUUGAUUCUCAGCAGCAGAACCUCAGCAGACCUACAUCAAGGUUAAAUAAGUCAUUUUCAAGUUGUAUUAAAUUGCAGAGAAUUAACCACAACUUGAACACAGUGAAUUAGACGUGUUGGAGCUGCUUUGCCUUGAGAUGAGUACAGUUGAUUUAACCAAUGAAGACGGCAUCAAUAUGCAGCCUGUUGACAUGGACAUGACUUGUGAAAUUUCUCCUGUCAGCACUUCAGCCCAACAGGCUGAACAGCCAGUUUGUGCUGAGCAGCAGACUAUGAAAGUUUACCUCAGAGUCAGGCCCUUCUCUAAAGAGGAACUCUCUGACAAGGAGGAUCAGGAUUGUGUAGUGAUUGAAAACAGCCAGACUGUGAGCCUGAAUGCACCAAAGGGUUCUGCCACCUUGAAGAGCAGUGAGAAGGGCAUUGGCAUGUCGAUCCACAAAUUCUCCUUCUCACAGAUUUUUGGACCAGAGAUGCAGCAGUCUGAGCUUUUUGAAGACACUGUCAAAAGUCAAAUGUCUGAUUUCUUGGAUGGGAAGAAUGCACUAAUAUUCAGCUAUGGUGUAACCAAUGCUGGUAAAACCUACACAAUCCAAGGAACUCCAAAACAGCCGGGAAUUCUCCCUCGAGUGCUGGACGCCACCUUUCACUACAUUGGCGGCCGUCUGCAUGAGGGAAUGUACCUGAAGCCCUACCUCAGGAAUGAUGCACGAUAUCUGGAUCCUGACCAAGUCAAGCAGGAGAGAAGUGCUAAAGCUUCCAUAUUUGCUUCAGUCAAAGACGAGUGUGAUCCUCACAGAGCCUGUGUUGGUUUAGAGUCCUUGUCGUGUUCCACCACCAGUCUCUCAUCCUCUUCUUUGUCCUACGAUCAAACCAUGUUGGCAAGCAACCCAUCAGGAGAAGACGGCAGCCAGUUUGCAUUAUGGGUGGCGUUCUUUGAAAUCUACAAUGAGUGUGUUUAUGAUCUGCUUCAACCUUCCCUGUGCUCCAAGUCCAAGAAACGCGCUGCUCUUCGAGUGUGCGACGAUGGUGCUGGAAAUGCUUAUGUUAAAGAUCUCAGGUGGAUUAACAUCCAGACCCUGGGCGAAGCAUCCAAACUACUGCAGUUUGGAAACAAAAACCGAAGUGCUGCAGCCACAAAGAUGAACCAGUCGUCUAGCAGAAGCCACAGCAUAUUUACCAUGAAGUUACUAAAGAUCGAUGGCAGUUCAGUUACAAGGAUCUCUGAGUUUUCUCUGUGUGACCUGGCUGGAUCAGAGAGAUGCAACAAAACAAAGACAUUCGGGGAGAGGCUGAAGGAAGCGGGCAACAUAAACAACUCCCUGCUCAUUCUGGGGAAGUGCAUCACUGCCCUUCGCAACAAUCAGGCUGACGGAAUAAAGAGCAGCUACAUUCCUUUCCGAGAGAGUAAGCUCACAAAGCUCUUCCAGGCAGUUUUCUGCGGCAAAGGACGAGCGUCCAUGAUCGUCAACAUUAACCAGUGUGCUUCCACCUACGAUGAGACUCUACAUGUUAUGAAGUUCUCUGCCGUUGCCAAACAGGUGGUGCAGGUGAUCGCAGACAAGCCUCUGAAAUCUCUGGCUCCUUGUUUGGUCGGCCGUGAUGGCAAGCCUCUGUUGAGGAAUGGGGUGAUUGACAGCCAGGCCCUUGAGUGCUACCUGUCUGAGGAGGAGCUUCUUGAUGAGGAAGAUGAGGCGAACAUGUCUUUGCUGUCACAAAAUGAGCAUGGAAAUAUGAUUGACAGCCUGCGAACAAAACUCCUGGCUGAGCGAAGAAGAAACUUGGUUCAGGAAAUGGAGGUUCGGAAGGAAAUGGGAGACGCUAUGUUACAACAGCUCAUGGAGAGCGAAGAACUCCGCACUCAACAGAUAGACCAGCUGAAGGAAAGCUUUCAAGAAAAGCUGGAGAACACUUUUGAGAUUUACAAGGAUGCUAUUAAAGAGCACGCCUACCAGAGCGCUAUGAACAAUCUGGAAGAUGACUACGUCCCUCUUGACGAGUUCAUUGCUGAACAGGAGAAAGUGGAGGCCCUGAAACGUAAAGUGUCAGCGUUAGAGAGCUCAACAUCCACGACCGUAGGAGUGUGUGCAGUUCCAACAGUGGUCCAGUCGUGCCAGACUCGAGCAUCUAAAGCGACAGAAGCGACAGAAGCAACAGAGGAUCAUCGAAGCAAAUGGCUUUACAAAGAAAAAUGUGCCCUAGAGAGCAUUUGUGAGGAUAAACAACAGUUGAUAUUGUCCCUGGAGAAAAGGCUGAAGGAUCUUAGUAAAACAAUGCAGAAUGUCAGAGAUGGCUUCCUGGAGAAAUCGGCUGAUCUGGAUGUUUUACAGGACAAGGCUGAUGCUCAGACAAAAUCUAUGGAGGACAUCCUACGGCAGAGCGUUGAAAAGGACAGGGAGAUUGCCUCACUAAAGGCAGAACUUGCCAAAGUCUCCCAGAUGCCCCCCGUGCAGCCCAAAAUUAAGCGAGGCCUGCUUGCCAACAUCAGAGAGGCAGUGGCUUCUCCACGGAAGAGUUCACCUGGACGAACGCUCAGGAAAACGAUUAAGACUACACAGCAGUGAAAAGCCCAGCAUCUGGACCAAAGAAGACUCUUUAUUUUUAAAAAAUCAACAUGUUCAGUUUUAGGGUACCUAGAAAGGAAAUAGCAAGUGUGACAUUAUUUAUUUUUAGUUUCUUAUAAUGACUUUUUUUAUGUGCUCUUGUUUUUAAUAAAAUUUUAAAAUGCUCAAA